AUGGAUAUAAUUGAUAAAAAACAUGUUAAUGCUGGUCAAAAAAGGUCAAUUGCUCAGAAACUAGCUAGAACUAGUAUGAUUCUUAUAUUCAUUGGCUUAUUUAUCAGAUUCUACCUAAUUAAUUCACAAUCAACUGAUACUUAUUUCAAUUUUGAAGUUGAAAAAUCAUUAUGUCAACAAUAUGAUUACAAGUAUCCUAAAUCAUUUAUUGAUAAUAACUCAGUAGUGCUUAAAAUUAUCAAUGAUCCAUUUUUUAGAAAUCAAUCAGCUUUAAAAUUAUCAAAAGCAGUUCAAAUUAAAACUGAUACCUAUGAUGAAGAUCCAUUAGUUGAAGAAGAUCCAAAAUAUUGGGAAGAUAAAUUUAAACCUUUUCAUAAUUACUUGAAAUCUACAUUCCCAAAGAUCUGGAAUCAUCCGAAUAUCACAAUUGAAACUGUAAAUGGUUGGGGUUUAAUUGUCACUUGGAAAGGAGAAAAUAAAGAUUUGAAGCCAAUUUUAUUAACUGCACAUCAAGAUGUUGUCCCUACCCAACCUUCAACAUUAAAAGAUUGGACUUAUCCACCAUAUGAUGGACAUUAUGAUGGUGAAAAAUUAUGGGGUCGAGGUUCAGCCGAUUGUAAAAAUUUAUUAAUUGGAUUACUUGAAUCUGGUGAAGAACUUAUAAAUUUUGGAUUCAAACCUAAACGGACAGUAAUAUAUGCUUUUGGUUUUGAUGAAGAAUUAGGUGGUGAACGUGGUGCAAAAUAUAUAAGUCAAUUUUUAGUUGAUAAAUAUGGAAAGGAUUCAUUUUAUAUUGUUGUUGAUGAAGGUGGACAAUCAAUUGCUUAUGAAAAUGGUGUACUUUUAGCAUUACCAGGAACAGGUGAGAAAGGAGCAACAGAUAUUGUAAUUGGGUUGAAUACACCUGGUGGUCAUUCAUCAGUCCCACCAAAUCAUACAUCAAUUGGUAUAAUUUCAAAAUUGAUAUCCUUAAUUGAGGAUAAUCCAUUUGAGUCUAUUUUUAGUCCAAAGAAUCCUACAUUUCAUGAAUGGCAAUGCAUUGCGAAAUAUUCAAAUGAGUUGCCUAGACAUAUCAAACAUGCAAUUUUGAAUGCGGAAUAUUCUGCAAUUUCAAACAAAAUAGCAAGAGAUUACUUAUCCAAACAACUGUUGAUCACAAAGUAUCUUAUAAGUACUUCAUCAGCAAUAGAUAUCAUACAUGGAGGAGUUAAAUCUAAUGCAUUACCAGAAUAUGUUGAAGUAUUAAUAAAUCAUAGAAUAGCAAUAGAAAGUACAUUCAAGGAAACUUUAAAAUCAGACAUUAGUAAAGUUAAGACAAUAGCGGAUAAAUUUGAUUUAGGUAUUAUUCUCAAUGAUGAUACUAUCAAGAAUAAAACAAAGAAUGGUUAUUUCACAAUAAAAGCAAAUUCAGUUUUAGAGCCAGCUCCAAUCACACCAACUACAGGUAAAGUAUGGGAAUUGUUCUCAGGUAAUAUAAGACAUGUUUAUGAACAAUUAGCAUUUAAGGAUCCAAAAUCUCCAUAUUUUAAUAAGUCAGUUAUUGUUGCUCCUGGUAUAGCUACUGGUAAUACUGAUACAAAAUAUUAUUGGAACCUCACCAACAAUAUUUAUAGAUAUCGUCCUGGGUUGACUACUUCUGUUGAAGCUCAUGCUCAUGGUGUUGAUGAACAUAUCUUAUUUGAUUCUCAUUUACAAAUUAUUGCAUUUUAUUUUGAAUAUUUACAAAUGAUAAAUGAACAAGAUUCAGAGAAUGAUUAG